GAAAGGUGCUGAAGAGCCCAUAUGGUGCCUGAGCAACUGGGAGCAGGACAGUCCCAGGCGUCCCCUUCCCGCUAUGCUGGAAAAGGUCUCUUCACACUCCUGGUCGAAGAUUUUGGGGUCAAGGGAGUGCAGGUUGAAGAGAUUUAUGAUCUGCAGAGCAAAUGCCAAGGCCCUGUGUAUGGGUUCAUCUUCCUGUUCAAGUGGAUUGAGGAGCGCAGAUCACGCCGGAAGGUCUCUACCCUGGUGGAUGAGACAUCAGUGAUCGAUGAUGACAUCGUUAAUAACAUGUUCUUUGCUCACCAGCUGAUCCCCAAUUCCUGUGCCACCCAUGCCCUGCUGAGCGUCCUCCUGAACUGCAACAAUGUCGAUCUGGGCCCCACGCUGAGCCGCAUGAAGGAUUUCACCAAAGGAUUCAGCCCUGAGAGUAAAGGCUAUGCCAUCGGCAACGCCCCAGAGCUGGCCAAGGCCCAUAACAGCCAUGCCAGGCCAGAGCCACGGCACUUGCCGGAAAAGCAGAAUGGCAUCAGUGCUGUGCGAACCAUGGAGGCUUUUCAUUUUGUCAGUUAUGUCCCCAUCAAGGGACGGCUGUUUGAGCUGGACGGGCUGAAGGUCUAUCCCAUUGACCACGGGCCAUGGGCUGAUGACGAGGAAUGGACGGACAAAGCCAGGAGAGUAAUCAUGGAGCGCAUUGGCCUGGCCACUGCAGGGGAGCCAUACCAUGACAUCCGCUUCAACCUGAUGGCGGUGGUGCCUGAUCGGAGGAUGAAGUAUGAGUCCAAACUGCACAUCCUGAAGAUGAACCGCCAGACUGUGCUGGAGGCCUUGCAGCAGCUUAUCCGAGUAACUCAGCCUGAGCUGAUCCAGACCCAGAAGUCUCAGGAGUCUCAGCCCCCAGAAGAGGCAAAGCUAGCCAGCAGCAAGACUGCAACUCCAGAGAGCACCCAUCCAGAUGGCACCGAUGAGCCUGCCAGCCUGGGCCACCCUGCAGCCACGCAGAGCCCACCCAGCAAAUCCAAACCGGUGGCAAAGACGUCAGCGAGCAGUAUCAACGGGGCGCCUCCAGCAAACCCCAACCCCAUCGUGCAGAGGUUGCCAGCCUUCCUGGAUAAUCACAACUAUGCCAAAUCCCCCAUGCAGGAGGAGGAAGAUCUGGCAGCAGGAGUGGGUCGCAGCCGGGUCCCAGUCCGACAGCACCAGCAGUACUCGGAUGAUGAGGAUGACUAUGAUGAUGAUGAUGAGGAGGAAGUUCGUAACACCAACUCGGCCAUCAGGUACAAAAGGAAAGGGCAGGUAAAGCAGGAGCACGGGAUGGGGGCUGCGGAUGGCCAGCUCUCCGUCCUCCAGCCCAACACCAUCAACGUCCUGGCCGAGAAGCUGAAGGAGUCUCAGAAGGACCUUUCCAUUCCCCUGUCCAUCAAGACAAGCGGUGGGGGCGCUGCUGUGGCGGUGGUCACCCACUCCCAGCCCUCUCCCACGCCCAGCAACGAGAGCACGGACACUGCCUCGGAGAUCGGCAGUGCCUUCAACUCCCCGCUGCGCUCUCCCAUCCGCUCGGCCAACCCCACCCGCCCCUCCAGCCCCGUCACCUCCCACAUCUCCAAGGUGCUCUUUGGUGAGGAGGACGGUCUGCUGCGAGUCGACUGCAUGCGCUACAACCGGGCCGUCAGGGACCUGGGGCCCAUCAUCAGCACCGGGCUGCUGCACCUCACGGAGGACGGCGUGUUCUGCCCGCUGGCUGUUGCAGAUGGGGGGAAAAGCUCCCCUCCUUCCAUCAAACCCGGUGAAGAGGCCCCGGUCGCUAUCAAACUGGACGAGAAGGAGGGCAGUGAGGCCAGUGACAGCAAAGAGAAGGUGGGACUUGGCAGGACCAGUGAUCACCCUGGGGGGGAAAAGUAUUCUCCCAAGGAGCUGCUGGCACUGCUGAAGUGCGUGGAGGCAGAGAUUGCGAACUAUGAGGCCUGCCUGAAGGAAGAGGUGGAGAAGAGGAAGAAAUUCAAGAUCGAUGACCAGAGGAGAACCCACAACUAUGAUGAGUUCAUCUGCACCUUUAUCUCUAUGCUGGCCCAGGAAGGCAUGCUGGCGAGCCUCGUGGAGCAGAACAUCUCUGUCCGCAGGCGGCAGGGAGUCAGCAUCGGCCGCCUGCACAAGCAGAGGAAGCCGGACCGCCGGAAACGCUCCCGCCCCUAUAAAGCCAAGCGUCAGUAGCCUGGGGGUCAAGACUGUGAGAAGCAGCAGCUGGGCUCUGUGGCUUUGGGCAGUGGCACUUGGAUCUCUGUUACCCUUUGCCCAAGGAAGAGGGACCGCAGUGACAAGCCCUCGGCUGAGCUGGAGCCUGGGGACAAAGAGAAAUCGGGUUUUCCUCAGCCCGAGUUGUGAAAGGCAGAAAUCUGUUGUCUCAAGGGGAGUCCCUGCCGCUGCAGCAGAAGGCAAGCUGGAGCGCCCAGUUGCCUGACCACACCGCGGCAGCGCCUGCAGGCUGUGGGGCCGCGUCUCGGCACCGUGGCUGAGGACUGCGCCAGGAGGGGAAGAGCCCACCUGGCCGGUGGCAGGUCUGGCAUUGUGGGAAUGCCAGCGAUGCCCAUGCGAGGCUGUGCUGGCCGCAGCGGGCUGGGGCUUGUGUCCUCCUGCGUCCAGGCCUUCAGCUCUGCACUUCCCCAGGACAUUUGUGUCUGUUUUCCAUCCCGCUCCCUCCCUGCCCCAAAUUUAUUUUUGGUUCUGACCCACGCUUUGGCUGUUGCUGAGCGAGGCAGCUCCUGGACAGGGCCUGCUCUCCUGCAUCCACCCCCCCACCCUGCCCAGCUCCCAGCACUGGUGGAUGCAAGGCUGGGCCGUGCCCCUGCGCCCUGCCCUCGCUGCUCUGGGCCUCCUUUAUGUUGAUUCUGUUGGUUUCAAUGGCCAACCAGAGUGCUAUUAUUUCGAAAAUAAUGGGGAGGCAGCACCCCCUGCCAGUGCAGCCGGGCUCCCCCCUGGGCCUUGGCAGCCCUGCUGCCGGCUGAGGAGGGGUGGGCUCGUCCCUGGAGCUGGAUCCUGUGCCCCUUUCCUGGGGAGCAGCUCUGUGGCCCUGGCAGUGCCUGUGGCUUGCAUGGGGUUGCUCCAGGCCCGGUCCCCAGAGAAACCCUGUGAAUUAUGAACAGGCAGUGUUCAUAGGGUGGCCUCGGUGCUGCUGGGCACAGCCCUGGGGUGGACGCUGGGUGCGGAGUCACUUGGUGCCCCGGUGAAGCCUUUUGGCAGGGGAGAGGCAGCUGGCUGUGUAAUGCUCAAGGUGGGAUGCGGACUGGGGGGGGUGUGUGGCAGCCUGUUUCCUACUGCAGCAUGAGGGCCUGGCCUGCCUCCCGCCUGCUGCCUCCCGCCAGCCCUGCUGUGGUCUUCUCCUGCCUGUCCCCGGCAGAGAUCUCAGAAGCCAGGGGUCGGCACCUCCCCAGCGGUGUCCUGAAGCGUGGCUGAGCCAAGGGGAGCUGCCACAGGGAAGGACUGAAUUUUGCAAAUGUGCAAAUUCGUACAGCUCUUGGCUAUGGAAUGGAACUGUUCUUUUGGUAGUUGUUGAAGGGAAGAAAAACCCUUCUGUCUCUUGCUGUGUCUAAUAUCAUGUUAUGUAAAUAAUGGAUCUGUCUGAAGGAAUAAAGCUAGCCUGUAACAGCCA